CUAGGAUUUUCAUGUAUCGGCACAUAGUGUAUCAGUCCAUCUUCGACAAAUUCGGCUUCAUUGCUCUAGAAUUGGAAGAGGGCUUGGCUCGAUUUGACGAAUUUUUGAGUGUGGGAAACCUGCGUCGGGAAUGUUUUGGGUUUAACAGUGAGCGACGUGCUCGAUGCUUCUUCCGUUGGCUCUGAGUGUUUUAGGUUCAGCACUUGUGUCCUUUUUUGCGUUUGGCUAAAUUGGCUUAUUGAUUUGGUGGGAGGCAACUCACAAGUAUGACAGAUUGGUGGGCUUGAAGUGAAUCCUAUUCUUUUCCUCUAGAUUAUUCAGGAUCAGGUGGUUCCUUCGAUUUGUUGCCAAAGUCUUUAAAUCAGAUAAGAACUGCAUUUCUCUUCACUGAUUGACUAGCUAUCAACUUUAUGAGGCCAUCUCUUACUGGAUUCACUAACGGUUCCUGCUAGUAGUAGUUACUUAAUUUCUGCAAUGGUGGCUUUUCCCUGAAUUUGAGUGCUUUUUAUUGAUGUGAAAGAGAUUGGGGUUUACAUGUUCAUUGUCGUGUGAUGCGCUUGUGGCUGGUCUAGUCUCCGUGUUCUAGGUGCAAGCUUUUCUUGCGAAACGUGUCUUGUGUAUUUAUGUUUGGCUAGCGCCAAAUCAUCUCCCCGUGCCAAACAGUAGCAGCAUUUGCGUCUUUACAAGUGGUGUUCUGAUCAGAUAAUGUGCAGCAGCAGCAUUGUAUGAGUUUCGGAAAGGUGCCCAGGAGGCCCAUUUGCUGCUGCUGCGCAUCACAUUAUCAUUACCUUGCUAGCAGCAGUGUUGUUGCUGUACGUGUCCUUUCUAACAAAUUAAAAAUGUGGGAGUAGGUUUUUCUUAGCACAUCCUACGUUCAUUGCAUGUAGUUGGUAAUCAUAUGUGAUGGCACCAAAUCUUCUCAUGCGCCAAAUGAGUAGCACAGGCAUCUUUACUGGUGGUCUUUUUGGUGCUGUGUAGCUCAUACACUCCCUGCAUCAGAUGCUGUGCAGCACCAACAUAGGACUAGGUUCUGGUGAGGAGCUUUAUCACCUAAGAAGAAACUGCUGUCCAGGAAUGACAUUGAACUUAUAUACCAUAUCAUGCACUGAUGCGCCUUAUUCUUCACAAAAUAUGGAGAUUGCAUGGCGGGCACUGUGGAGACUGAGUAUGCUGCCUUCCUGGAGAAGGUGAAACGGACUGUCUAUGUCGACAACCUAUCACCCCAGGUCACUGAGUCUGUCUUGAGGUCUGCUCUCGACCAGUUUGGAACAGUCAAGAGUGUUCAGUUCAUCACGAACUACUCACAGCAGCAGAACAUCCCAAAACAUGCUCUUGUUGAGAUGGAAGAUGAGGAGCAGGUAAAAGCGAUCGUGAAGCUCAUUGCUUCUUGCCCGAUGAUGAUACUUGGGAUGCCGAGGCCUGUGACAGCUUGUGCUGCUAAAGUGGAGAUGUUUGAGGAUUACCCAGCAACGCCUGGUAGGAAAAUAGAGGUCCGUUGGUUGGAUCCAAAUGAUCCCGACUUUGAGGUAGCUCAGAAGUGGAAGCAUUUUGUUAAAAGGCAUGGUGCUGAAGCUCGAUUUUUGCAAAAAGUGCAAAUGGCAGAAGAAGAGAAGCUUGCUAAGCAGCAGGAAGACAAUCUUAAGGCAAACUUUGCAAAAUACGAGAUGAUCGAGGCCAUCAUGGUUGAUGCUACUGCGGAUCGCUUAGCUCGUCAUUAUGAAAUGAACCUCAGGAACGAGCUGUAAAUGCCGGUCUUCUAUAAUUCGCCUUAUGGCCAGUAAAUGACUUUGUAAAGAAUAGAGGAUGCCCAGUCUUCAUCUAUAGAUUUGGAAUUAGGGAGUGUUUGCUGAAGCAUCCUCAGGGCAUUGAAGCUGAUGCUUUCUUCUGCAGCUCCUU